AUGUGUAGAAGAGGGAAACACGGUUUGAAGCGAAAGCACCUUGUUACUUCCUAUGAAAAUAUCUUACAAAGAGACAAACGAGCUAAUGAGACCCCAUUGAAGGUUCAGAGGUCUGAAGCAAAGCGAAGUGAACCCAAAAGCUCCAUUUUCUUCGUUCUCUGCGUCCAAAGAAGGAUCCCUGGGAAUUUUGGAGAAAGGAAAUGGCAACCAAUUCCAAUACCCCACCGAACAGUCCCUGAGCCCAGAGCUCAAGACCUUGAUUUCAUAAACGUUGCACACAGCCACCUAAUUCACUCUGAUUGGGCUAAGCUCAGUUCGUUAUCAACCGGUCUAACACCACUUAGAGUGAAACAUGUAUUGCUCAAGAUUCAGAAGGACCAUGUUCUUUCCCUUGAGUUUUUCAACUGGGCUGGGAUUCAAAAACCCAGUUGCCAUUCCCUCGAAAUUCAUUCCAUAAUUCUCCACAUUCUCACAAAAAACCGGAAAUUCAAAUCUGCAGAGUCCAUUUUGAGGAACAUUAUUGUAUCUGGUUCCAUAGAUGUACCCUCCAAUCUGUUUGAAGAAAUGCUACACUCGUACCGCUUGUGUGAUUCUUCGCCUCGUGUUUUUGAUUCACUUUUCAAGACUUUUGCGCACAUGAAGAAGUUUAGGGAUGCCACUGAUACUUUUUGUCGAAUGAAGGAUUAUGGAUUUUUCCCUACUAUUGAGUCGUGUAAUGCCUACAUGAGCUCUUUGCUUGAUUUGCACAGGAUGGAUAUUACUUUGGCAUUCUAUAGAGAAAUGAGGCGUCAUAGGAUUUCGCCAAAUGUUUAUACUCUUAAUAUGGUCAUGUGCGCUUACUGUAAAUUAGGAAAAUUGGAGAAGGCUCUUGAGGCAUUUAGGGAGAUGGAGAGCAUGGGUUUUAGACCGAAUACUGUGUCUUAUAACACAUUGAUUGCAGGACAUUGCAGUAAGGGUCUGUUGAGCUUUGCAGUAAAGUUUAAAAACUCAAUGGAAAGGAGUGGGGUGCACCAGGAUGUGGUUACAUUUAACACGCUUAUCCAUGGAUUUUGCAAGGAAGGGAAAUUACAUGAAGCUAAUAGAGUUUUCAUUGAGAUGAAGGUCGCGAAUGUUACUCCUAAUAUUGUGACCUACAAUACCUUGAUAAAUGGGUAUAGCCAAGUGGGUAAUAGUGAGAUGGGCAGCAAGCUUUAUGAGGAGAUGUUGAGGAAUCAAGUUAAGGCUGAUAUUUUAACGUAUAAUGCCUUGAUAUUUGGACUAUGCAAGGAGGGUAAGACAAAGAAAGCGGCAUAUCUGGUUAAGGAACUUGAUAAGCAUAACUUAGUGCCAAAUGCCUCAACGUUUUCUGCCCUUAUUUGUGGUCAGUGCAUGAGAAAGAACUCCGAGCGUGCCUUUCAAAUAUAUAAUAGCAUGUUAAGGAGUGGUUGCCAUCCAAAUGAGCAUACUUUCAAAAUGUUGGUAUCGACUUUCUGCAAAAAUGAGGACUUUGAUGGAGCAGUCCAAGUCUUGAAGGAAAUGUUUGAGAGAUCAAUGGAUCCUGAUUCAGGCAGCUUAUCUGAGAUUUGCAGUGGGCUUUGCCAGUGUGGAAAAAUUCAAGAGGCAAAGAUGUUAUGUAGUGAGAUGGAAGCUAGAGGUCUUAUGCCAGCAGGCUUUGACAAAUCCAAAACCACCAACUUUGGUGCCUAGCAUGAGAAGAAAGCAUUUGGAGGUAAAUGCUAAGGUUGUAUGCACCUAAGCUUUCCAUGUAACAUAUAAAGGUUGUGUUGUUGACUUGUUGUAAAUUGACCUCUUCUUGCACCUGAUCUCACCUUGUAACUUUCAAAUCUUAGCUUUUAGUGGGAAAUACACUUACUUUGAGAGCAAAACUAAAGCAAGUUGUAUAAUAUUCCAUUGUUUUAUUUGUACUGAGAAAAUAA